AGAAGCGGAAGCGGCCGUGCCGCGUGGGGUUGGUUGCGGCCGCCGCUCCCGGACGCCCAUCGGUCCGUGCGCUGAUCGAGAUCGCAGCCAUGGCCGUCCGCGCCAGCUUCGAGAACAAUAACGAGCUGGGCUGCUUCGCCAAGCUUACCAACGCCUACUGCCUGGUGGCUAUCGGCGGCUCCGAGAACUUCUACAGCGUCUUCGAGGGAGAGCUCUUCGGGACCAUCCCAGUGGUGCACGCCUCCAUCGCCGGCUGCCGCAUCAUCGGCAGGAUGUGUGUGGGGAACAGGCAUGGACUGUUGGUCCCAAGCAGUACAACAGACCAAGAGCUUCAGCACAUCCGCAAUAGCCUUCCAGAUUCUGUGCGAAUUCAGCGAGUGGAGGAGCGGCUCUCAGCACUGGGCAAUGUCACCACCUGCAAUGACUACGUAGCUCUUGUUCAUCCGGAUCUGGACAGGGAAACUGAAGAGAUCUUGGCAGACGUACUAAAGGUUGAAGUUUUCAGACAAACGGUAGCAGAUCAGGUGCUGGUAGGAAGUUACUGUGUAUUCAGUAACCAAGGAGGAAUUGUGCACCCCAAAACUUCCAUUGAGGAUCAGGAUGAACUGUCUUCAUUGCUGCAGGUCCCACUUGUGGCUGGGACAGUAAACCGUGGCAGUGAAGUCAUUGGAGCAGGAAUGGUUGUAAAUGACUGGUGUGCCUUCUGUGGGCUGGACACAACCAGCACUGAGCUCUCUGUCAUUGAGAGCAUCUUCAAGCUGAAUGAAGCUCAGCCAAGUACUAUUGCUACGAACAUGAGAGAUUCCUUGAUUGACAGCUUGGCGUGAACAGUGUUGGUUUGUGCCAUUCAAGAAGCUCCUAAGGAGUGAAGAGUCAAGCUGCAGUUUGGAUUACGGUCCUCCAGAUCUUUGUUUCUGCAGGACUAGCACCAGGAAGAGGCUACCAAAAAAACACCUUUUUUGUAAUGUUUUGUAAACUAAAUAUUAUUGCAAAAAAUGGCAAAUAACAUACACAGGUUCCAAAUAUGGAAUGUACUCUAUCCCUUUGCUGAUGUUCUUCAUUUAUUCUUCAGCUGUGCUUUCUCUGUGAUGCUGACCAAGGCCUUUAAAGUAGCCCACAAUACUCACUUGUUUGGAUUUUGGUUACUGAUAACUAGAAAAUUGCUUUGCCUUAAAUAGAGGAUUAAUAUUCUGCUCUGCAGCAGGCAGUUUCAGCACAUAUAUGGUACUGCCCACUUUUUCUUUUCAUACUCUUGGUGUUUCUGCUGUAGGUAGGCAUAAGAGCCCCUGUAUUUCCUAUAGCAAAAACAUAGUAGUUAACUUGCCAGAAGAAAUUUCAGGAGGCAUCACCUGCUGUCCUGCCCAGACUUGCAGCUGUUCUCACGGGGCUGGUGGUUGUGAAAUGAUCGGCUCUGACUGAAAAUGGAGUUUCUCAAAGAAGUCAAAUUAGAGACUUAACAACCAAUUGUGACUGCCUCCAGAACAGUGGAAUUUGAUCUGUUGUCUGUACAUGUCAGACCUGUGUGGUACUUCUGAGACAUCUGCAAAAGAUCGCUGAGAAAUAUGCAAUUGCUGGUAGGAUUAAAUGUUCUCUACGGGAGUUGGCCACCUUCCCUGAGAAACUCUUAGAAGUCAGCAAAUCAGAAAGAGUUGAACCAUGUGAUCUUGAGUUACCCUGGAGGCAAAGGAUAAUUAACACAGUUCUAAAUGGUUACUGCAUUCGGUUGUACUUUCCACGUUUGAGAGCUUGCUGUUGAAAAGUUCUGCCCUUGCCUGGCAGUAAUGGUGAUGCAGAGGAGCUGUAGAGUUAACAGUUUCUGUCAUUUAUGGCUCCCUUAACUUAGUGGCCAACCUUUCUUGGCUGACUCCAUGUCAGUGUUUAGCAUCAGAAGCUGAUUUCCUUUUGUUAUCUCACAGGGCUCUCUUAUUAGGAAUAAAUGGUGAAGAGCCUGACCGCUGCUGUGGCUGUUGGCACGGGAUCACCAACUGUAAAUAAGUAAUGCUGAGCUUUUUGUGUGCAGCUUCUUGGGUUUUUUUUCUUCCUCAUUCCAAUCAUUAGGCAGAAAUGCUAGAUUGUAUUAGUGAUCUUGAUAUGCAUUAGAAUUGCUUAAACAAGAAAAAUAAUCCAGUUUCUGUGAAAUGCAAAUCGGUUAAUAAGAAAGAUUCUGAGACAGUGGUGAGGGUGGUAAUAUGCCAAAGAGCGUUAGAGGCGGACAGAAGAACAGGGCAUUGCUAACUAUGCUGUGUGUGACUUCCUAUGACACUUGCACUGAAACUUGGGAACUGGGAGGUGGCAAAUACAGUAUCAGUUCUAAACAAAAGGUUUGUGGGAAUUCUGAACUGGGAAGGUGGACCUAUGUGCAAAGAGAAUUAACAGAAGCUGUAAUACAGAAUGAAAUCAAUAGGAACACCGUGAGACAGCAAUAAACUGGAUGCUUCAAUUGCAA